CAGAAUAAAUCCCUCCGCGCCCCCGAGCAUUAAGACAAGAAGACAGGAGAGGACUCACUCCACUGCAAACAACCAAACACUACGCCAUCCUCCGUUUUUUUUUUUUCCUUGAGGACUGGCAGCGGGUCGGAUGCUCCGGACGGUCACAUUUAGUGCAUCAGCUGCUGGGAGGACGCAGGACCUGACAACUGCAGCGUAUCGCGAUGCAGAGGAGGAGAGUACGGACCUGAUUCCCGUGUGAGCUGCAGGCUUCAGACCCUGAGCGGUGUGUGUGUGUGUGUGUGUGUGUGUGUGUGUGCGCGGGGGGGUGCGGGUGGGAGCAGAGCGCAGGGAGGCGGUGCGGUGGCGGACUUUAUGCGCACACCUCUGGGCGCCGCUGCCGAAGAGGAGCCGAGGUGCCUCUGCAGCGCCGCAGCGGUUUUUUAGAGGGAUACCGUCUCGAUACGUGACUCCGAGCCCGAAGCCGUCCCGGAUCCGAGAGGGGAGGGGAGAGGGGAGAGGGGGGGUGUGGGCAUAGCGCGGCACCCCGCCCGUCUCGCCUCAUUUUGGACUGCAGGGAUAACGAGCUAAAACCGUGAUACCCCCGCGCAGUAACCCACGGAGCAGGUGUUGGUGGCGGCGCCGUCACCCGCUUUCACUCCCACCUCCCUCCCUCCCUCCGUCACCCACAUCCCGAUCCCGCACCUCUGCGCCAAAGGUUCCUGCUGGAAAACGUGGACUAAGCCUGUGACUGGAGAUAAUAAUGAUUCAUAAAGAAAAGAAUCGACACAUCGUUUCUAAGUCGGACUUCCCAUGAGAAGCUUCUAAUCAUCACGGCCUCUUCUUUGGUUCUGUCUUCAACCGCUUCCGCUUGACCCAGCUGCCUCUUCAACAUGCGUCCGUCCCUCGCCACAGCCGUCCUACCGGCUAGGACCCGGUCCCACAACCCGCCCAACCUGGCGGUGGGGGGCCGUGAACACCUGUCGGCCCCGCGGAGGCGCAGCCCCCACCUCCGGCACACCCUCAGCCCGGAGAACCUGCGGACCCUGGCGGAGAGGGGCGGCGCCUCCGUGGACACGGCCUCGGUCAUGAGCGGCCCCAUCGGGCUCCCGCGGGCCAACAGCGACACGGACCUGGUGACGUCCCAGAGCCGGUCCUCGCUGACGGCGUCCACGCUGGAGUACACGCUGAACCGGGGCCAGAACCUCGUCAUAUCCUGGGACAUCAAGGAGGAGGUGGACGCUACUGACUGGAUCGGACUCUACCACAUCGAUGAAACCAGUCCGUCUAAUGUGUGGGACUGUAAGAACAGAGGGGUGAAUGGCACCCAGAAGGGGCAGAUUGUUUGGAGGCUGGAGCCCGGGCCCUACUUUAUGGAGCCCGAGACCAAGAUCUGCUUUAAGUACUACCACGGAGUGAGCGGAGCCCUCAGAGCCACCACCCCCUGCAUCACUGUGAAGAACCCGGCAGUCCUGGUGGAGGGUCUGGCAGAGCAGGUUGGCGUCGAACAUCCCCGAAAACUGAUCAGCUUCACCUUGACGGAUCUGCGUGCCACUGGUUUAAAGAAGGGCAUGUUUUUUAACCCGGACCCGUACCUGAAGAUGUCCAUCCACCCCGGGAAGAGGAGCGUCUUCCCCAUCUUCAGCCAUCACGGACAGGAACGCCGGUCCGCCAUCAUCGCUAACACCACCAACCCCGUCUGGCACGGAGAGAAAUACACAUUUGUAGCACUUAUGACAGACAUCCUCUACAUCGAAGUGAAGGACAAGUUCGCAAAGAGUCGACCAAUCAUCAAACGCUUCCUUGGUCAGCUGACUAUCCCCGUGCAGAGGCUUAUUGAAAAAAUACCUGGUGUCCAGCCGGUGACGUUCUCCCUGUGUCGGCGCCUUCCCACCGAACAUGUAAGCGGACAGUUGCAGUUUAAAGUUGAGCUCACCUCCACUGGUCCAGAUGGAGCCUCUCCUGAUUCUAUCAUCGGCAUUUCAUCCUUGAACGGAGCUCCAGGGACUCCGUCCGAUGACGAGGACCUGCCCCACCACCUCCCGGGCAUGGUGUCCGCAGGCCCCUCUCCCACGGGCUCCCAGGGAUCCCAGGGCAUGUGGGAGGGCGGCGCCACGGCCUUCCCUGAAAAGGACCCGUCUCUCGUCGGAGCGGAGGGCAGAUUCGUCGAAGCCGAGACACUUUCAGGCCAUGAAAUGCUCCAGAGGUCUCUCAGCGAGGGCCUGGAUGCUAUUGAGGCCCCUAAGGGCCCCGGGGAAAGACCCUUGGGCGCUGCUUCGCCAAAAUUGCGCUCCAGCUUCCCCACGCACACGAGGCUCAGCGCCAUGCUGCACAUCGACUCGGACGAGGACGAGGAAAGGUCCGGAGCCAACGACUUCCCUCCCAUGCCGCUGUCGCCGCUGCUGAUGAACGGAGAACCUCCGGACGACGGCGGCCCCGAUGAAGACGACCCGUUUCCUGAACUGCACCAGGAGCCCGAGCAGCUGGAGGCCUCGGUGCUGGAGGAGGAGCCCGAGGGCGCGGGGGCCACGGAGGACGAGGACAUACCUCCUGAGGCUGGACCACAGCUGGACGCGGGGCUGGACCUGGAUGAUGUGUUGGAUCAGGACGUUUUCCUCGAAGUGGAAGAGGCUCCGUUCACAGACGCCCAUAACGUUUUACCAGAAGAUGGAGACACACCUGAGCAGGGGAGGGGGGCCGGAGACGACCCCUUAUCUGAGAUCGACUCCUGCUCCAUGGCAACAGCCCCUCAGACGGUCGUCUCCUCGUCAGAGAGUUGUCCAAUCACGCUGACCACCGCUGUGGAAGUGCAGGAGGGAGCAGAAACGGCCAUAGAUCCGGGGGGAGAAGCAGAGUCCAGCACCCCACCACCAACCACUCAGGCCGUGGACGACGAGGGAGGUGGGCAGGCCGCCGCCCCCGAGGCCGAGGGAGGAGCCCGCGAGCAAGAGGCGGCCGAGGAGAUCGGCGUGAGGAGGCCGAGCCUGCAGGCUGCAGGGGGCGUGGCUGAGGAGCAGGAAGGGGAGGAGUCAAAGCCACAGGAUGAGGGGGCUACCACGGAAACGGAUGGAGAGGAAGGUUCCCACGUUAAUGGCCACCCGGUGCGGUCGCUUCCGUCCGUGCGUCAUGACAUCCAUCGGUACCAGCGCGUGGACGAGCCUCUGCCUCCCAACUGGGAGGCUCGCAUCGACAGCCACGGGAGGAUCUUCUUCGUGGACCACGUGAACAGGACCACCACGUGGCAGCGUCCGACCGGACCUCCUGCCCCACAGGGCCUGACCCGCUCCAACUCCAUUCAGCAGAUGGAGCAGCUCAACCGCAGAUACCAGAGCAUCAGAAGGACCAUAACCAACAGCGAUCGGGCAGAGGAAAGCUCCGCUGACCUGCUUCCUGAACCAGAAAGUGAUCUGAUGCCCCACUCCAUUUCUGACUACAGACGAGAGAGCGCAGUCGCUCAUUCCAGCGGCCGCUCGCGUCUCUCGCUGCUGCUCCAGUCGCCCAGCGCCAAGUUCCUGUGCAGCCCCGACUUCUUCACCGUGCUGCAUUCUAACCCUAGUGCCUACCGCAUGUUUACGAGCAACACCUGCCUGAAGCACAUGAUCAGUAAGGUGCGACGAGACGCUCAUUACUUCGAGCGCUACCAGCACAACCGCGACCUCGUCACCUUCCUCAACAUGUUCUCCAACAAGCAGCUGGAGCUUCCUCGGGGCUGGGAGAUGAAGCACGACCACACUGGGAAGCCUUUCUUCGUGGAUCACAACUGUCGCUCCACGACCUUCAUCGACCCGCGGCUGCCCCUCCAGAGCUCGCGCUCCACCGGGCUCCUGGCCCAUCGCCAGCAUCUGAGCCGCCAGCGCAGCCACAGCGCCGGGGAGUGCUUCCUUUUGUCACAGGUGGUGGACGACUCACGCCAAACCAACCCGCCCGUCAUGCCCCGCCCCUCCAGCACCUUCAGCGGCUCCAGUCGAAGUCAGUACCAUGACGUGGUUCCUGUAGCCUACAAUGACAAGAUCGUGGCGUUUCUACGGCAACCCAACAUCUUUGAGAUCCUGCAGGAAAGACAACCUGAGCUGGCCAGGAACCAUUCGCUCAAGGAGAAGGUGCAGUUUAUUCGCAGUGAAGGAGUCACGGGUUUGGCUCGUCUCUCCAGUGACGCCGACCUCGUCAUGUUGCUGAGCCUUUUUGAGGAGGAGGUGAUGUCGUACGUGCCUCCGUUGCUCCACCCAGGUUACUCCAUCUCCUCCCCUCAGAGUUCCCCGGGAACCCAGCGAGCUAACGCCCGAGCGCCUGCUCCCUACAAGAGAGACUUUGAGGCCAAACUACGAAACUUCUAUCGGAAGCUGGAGACGAAAGGUUAUGGACAAGGACCCGGGAAAGUCAAGCUCAUCAUACGCAGAGACCACCUCCUGGAAGACGCCUUCAACCAGAUCAUGUGCUACUCCAGAAAAGACCUGCAGAGGAGUAAACUCUACGUCAGCUUUGUGGGCGAGGACGGGCUGGACUACAGUGGACCCUCCAGAGAGUUUUUCUUCCUGGUGUCUAGAGAACUGUUCAACCCGUAUUACGGCCUGUUUGAGUAUUCGGCCAAUGACACGUACACGGUUCAGAUCAGCCCCAUGUCGGCCUUCGUAGACAACCACCACGAAUGGUUUCGGUUCAGCGGGCGCAUCCUGGGGUUGGCCCUCGUCCAUCAGUACCUGCUGGAUGCCUUUUUUACCCGUCCUUUCUACAAGGGCCUUCUGCGCAUACCCUGCGACCUGAGCGACCUGGAGUUUCUGGACGAGGAGUUUCACCAGAGCCUGCAGUGGAUGAAGGACAACGACAUCGAAGACAUGCUGGACCUCACCUUCACGGUCAACGAGGAGGUGUUUGGGCAGAUUACGGAGAGAGAGCUGAAGCCGGGCGGGGCCGGGAUCCCUGUGUCAGAGAAGAACAAGAAGGAGUACAUCGAGCGAAUGGUGAAGUGGCGGAUAGAGAGAGGAGUGGCCCAGCAGACGGAGAGUCUGGUCCGAGGUUUCUACGAGGUGGUGGACGUGCGGCUGGUGUCUGUGUUCGAUGCCAGGGAGCUGGAGCUGGUUAUUGCAGGCACUGCGGAGAUCGACCUGGCAGACUGGAGGAACAACACGGAGUACAGAGGAGGUUACCAUGACAACCACAUCGUGAUUCGCUGGUUCUGGGCGGCGGUGGAGAGAUUCAACAACGAGCAGAGGCUGAGGCUGCUGCAGUUUGUGACAGGAACCUCCAGUAUUCCCUACGAGGGCUUCGCCUCCCUGCGGGGCAGUAACGGACCCCGGAGAUUCUGUGUGGAGAAGUGGGGAAAAAUCACCUCCUUACCCAGGGCUCACACUUGCUUUAAUCGCCUGGACCUCCCGCCCUACCCGUCCUUCUCCAUGCUCUACGAGAAGCUGGUGACGGCCGUGGAGGAGACGAGCACCUUCGGUUUGGAGUAACCUCAGACGCCCGGGACGGAUCCAUGUUGGAAAACCCGUGUUUCUCACUGAGGAGAGACGUGGAACAUAAAACUAAUAUCCUCAAAAAGGCAACUAACCCCCACCCGUGGAGAACUCUGCUGUUUUUUUUUUUUUUUGUUUUUGUUUUUUUCCGAAUGGCUUUACAUCACUCAGCUCUUUAUUCCGAUUCUCUGCCUUUCCCUCUCAUUUCAAAGACAGACGAUCGGAAAGCGAUUUGAAAACGUGCGCAGUACGAUAUGUAACAUUUGUUCACUGAGACACAUGUGUGCUUUAUUUCUUUAGUCAAUGGCCUUGGUUACUGGAUUUCUAGCGACCCACCCUCCCCCCUCCUCUCCUCCCCUCCUUUCCUUUCCUCCCCUCCUUUCCUCCAACCUGCACCUCAAAGAUAGCUGCUCAAAAACCACCAAGCUCCCUUUCCCUCUCCGGACCUCGAAACUGUGUCUGUCCCACACUGGGGCUGCAGUAUUAUAAACUAUGAUACACUCACUCAUCACCUUUGCACAAACACACGUGCGUCUUUGUAUUUCAAUAGCAAACCAGUGUUUCCCCCCCAACCCCAAGAUUAUUAUUAUUAUUAUUUUUUUUUAUUAUUGCACGGUAAGUUGUGAUGUUGGAUGUUGGCUGGUCCUCCCUUCCUGUUAAGUGAAAGGGGGGAAACACUGAUGUGCACAAAUACAGAUCCAUUAUUCAAAGACUGAAAAAAAACAACAAAAAAAAAAAAAAUACACUAGUUUUCACAGUUUUGAUUCCUGAACAAGUCGCAAACCGACUCACACGCCAUCUGUGAUAUUUAUGAUCCGAUCGCGAUAAAAAGGCUGCAGGACCCGGUCAGGACUGUUACUUCCAAUCCUGCGACAGACAUGAGCUCAAAAAAGGUCACGACACAUGUGAGGAGCGUAGUGUCCGUGUGUGUACUCAACACACAACAAGGUCGACCAGUGUGACGCGCUUUCGUAUACAGACACAGAAAGGCAGGGCUCCUGUCUUUCACACCGUUCCAUACAUUUCUUAUGAGCGACAGAUGCACUUUGUCUCGUAGACAGAUGACGCCUGCUCUUCACUAUGACACACACCGACGAAGCCGCCUCCUACCCAGUGAAAGUGAUGAAUGUACCAAAACUAAGUGACUGAAUGUAUGAACCUCGAGCGACUGUUCGGCCCCUGAGAAAAAAAAAAUCUCACGCGAGCUGAAGAGGAAGCUGAAUGUGGGACGUUUGAAGCGGAGGGGGCGGGAGAUGGAAUGUGACUGGGUCGCUCGAGGAGCGAAGUGACGCUUCCACUUAUUGUUGGAACUGGAUUAGGCCUCGUUAGCUCGGAGACACGCGCCUGGUGUCGCCCUGGAGCUUCGUCGGGGUGCAGCGGUAGGAUGUUUUUAGUGCCUCUUAGGUUUCCUGACCAUGAAGUGAAAUUUUAUAAGUGAAGCUUUAUUUCUUAGUAAAAAAAAAAAAAAACGUCACGUGACUCAUGUAUCUGACAAAUCAAAGAUGGUGAAACCACAGGAUACGAGUUGCAGUUUAAAAAACGAGACAUCACCACAAGGGGGCAGUGUGAGUUUUAUCAGCGUUGAAUCAAAGAACCAGUGAUUUUUUUGUCUUUACUGAAGAGCCUGACCAGGGGUGACGACGACGCACCGGCCUCUAGGGCCGUACGGAUACUGUACUUUAGAACUAGUGGCAUAAAAGACCAAUGCCAGACAAUAGUUUUGUCUCACAAGCAUGUGAUAAAAUAUUUCUUUUUACUUUUAAGUGCACACCCCAAAACCCCCCGAGGACCAGUUUACGCCGUCUCUCAAACACUAUCUCACAUAAAAAUAAACACACACACACACACACAAACUCAUUUUCUACGAGGUGCAUGCACGAUUACACCUAUUGUACAGAGUCCUGUUGGAGCUAGACCACAGGGGCUGGAAUAGUUGUAGAGAGCCCCACAUGGAGGCGGACUUUCUCAUCCCAGCCCAAUAAAAUGCAUGCAGGAUCUCCCCGGUCAGCUCCGUGAGCUGCGCCCGGCAGAAACUCCUAGGUGGCGUUGUGUUAUAGCUUGAUAUUGCAUGCUGAAAAAUAGUGCAACACACUGUCCUUACUAGCUUUUUUUGCAUGAGGAUAUCGCUAUCCAUUCAGACGAAGGGGUGAGGGAGCUGGUUGAGUCGUGUCACUUUGGUUGUGGGCAUGCGGCCUUAUACUCACCCGACGCUGUCUUGAGUGUGAAGCUCACGGGAACAAGGUGAAGGAAACAGGUGCUUUAGGAAACGGACAAUGUGUGAAUGCGAUAGUUUGUUUUCUCUACGGCAGUGUAACGGCGAGUAUCUUGGCAGCAUGUUUCUAAAAAUGUUACUUUCACACGUGCGUGUCUGCCUAUCUUAGUAAUAGGUCGGUGGUUAUGGUUCAUCGCUUACGACCGAGCGACGAACCAAUAGGGCUGUUUUGAUUUUGUGAAAACGUGAGAACACAUGUGCGUGUACCAUGUGUGCAGUCCUGUUUGUCUCUUUGUAUAUAAAUGUAUAUGUACGUCCGUCCUGUUGUGUGUAUAAAUAUAUAUUUUGCACCGAAUGUACCAAAGGUUUGGGGCUUGCAAAGUCAACCAUUAGGCCUGCUCUCUAUUUCUUCAGUCUUUCAAACACACAUCCCACUUCUGGCUUCUGCCAAAUCUUUACAGAGCAUCAACUCAUGUUUUUCCUCGAGGGUCAGAUUUGUGACGCUUCACGUUAGGAUCUACAACACUUGGUCAGAUUGACAUUCACCGUGAUGAGGCUUUUCCGGUGCAGAGGACUGGUAAGACUGCUUCACAUCCCAACGGGGAGAGCUGCACCUCUCGUCCUUCCUAGUGCAUUUCUGACCGGACCCGGAUCCAGUUUUCAGAAUUCCACUCUAUGCAAAGCUCCUGUAUGUGUGUCUCCAUUUCACUCCAAUGAUUGUAAUAAAAGAUAACAAAUGA